UUAUCGAUUCCUUACUUUCAAAUGUUCGAACAUUUUCGUUGAGUUUUUCAUCGAUAAAGAUCCAAUUCAUCCUCAAAAGAAGCGAUUUUCUUCGAAAUUUUGUUCAAUUUGAGGUGGAAUUCAUAUUUCGAUCGAGUGUUUGCCAGAAUGCGAUGAUAAUUCGAAGGAUUUCUUUUGAUUUCUCCAAGAAAAGCGCGGAUUUUUAAACCCUAGAUCCAUGCUUCUUUAAUUUUAAUGGGAAGUGUAGACGAAGAGAAGGAGCGAUCUUGAUGGUUUCGUCGGCGGCGUGGAGCUUCAGCCGGAGCUCGUCGGCGCGAUUAUCCACCAGAACCACGAGUUUCAACAGUCAUCGCAAAUGGUUUCCCUCUGCCGCUGCUUCCUCGCUAAGCUUGAUCGCCAUCGUCUUCUUGUUCUCCUCCCUUGUCUGCGCCUUCUACUUGUUCACUGUCUGGCGGAUCCCAGCUCCCGACCCUGAGUUCUUCUCCGGCGCCGGGCAGUAUUGUGACGUCUUCGCUGGGAGUUGGAUCCUGGACGAUGCCUACCCGAUUUACAACAGCUCCGAGUGCCCCUUCGCUGAGCGUGGUUUCAAUUGCCUCGGUAAUGGCCGGAAUGACACCGGUUACUUGCGGUGGCGUUGGAAGCCUAGCAGUUGUGACAUCCCGAGAUUCGAUGCUCGGGAGGCUUUGCGGAGAUUGAGGGGCAAAAGGAUUGUUUUUGUUGGGGAUUCGAUGAGCAGGACGCAGUGGGAGUCAUUUAUUUGCAUGCUGAUGACUGGAGUGGAUGAUAAACAGAGUGUGUAUGAGGUGAAUGGGAAUCAGAUCUCGAAGACGAUAGGGUUCUUAGGAGUGAAGUUUGGGGGCUUUAAUUUGAGUGUGGAGUUCUUCCGGUCUGUGUUUCUUGUGCAGCAGGGAUUGCCGCCAAAGCAGGGACCUAGGAGAGUUCGGUCCACGCUGAAGUUAGACACGCUGGAUGUGAUGAACAAGAGAUGGAUGAAUUCAGAUGUUCUUGUAUUCAAUACCGGGCAUUGGUGGACGGCUACUAAACUGUUUGAAAUUGGAUGCUAUUUUCAGUUUGGCGGAUUGUUGAAGCUUGGAUUACCUGUCACUGCUGCCUUCAAGAUGGCGCUUGAAACUUGGGCUUCCUGGGUUGAGACAUCAGUCAACACAAAUAGAACGCAUGUAUUUUUGCGGACUUUUGAGCCCUCUCAUUGGAGUGAUUCAAAACAAAAGGUCUGUGAAGUGACAGAUCAACCCGCUUCUGAAGCGAUAGGUGAUGAUCGGAGCGAAUUUGGGGACAUCAUAAGAGAAGUAGUUGGGAAAAUGAGAGCUUCUGUGACAGUUCUUAACGUGACAUUGAUGGGAAAAUUUCGUAGUGAUGCUCAUGUUGGCACUUGGGGCUACCCGUCAUCCAUCCUCGAUUGCAGCCAUUGGUGUCUUCCUGGAGUUCCUGAUGCUUGGAAUGAGCUUCUAUUGUCUUCUCUAUUUACAAAUGACUGGAGAAAGUUUGGGAAAUAAUCACUGGAAUUGACAAACAUCAUUUGUUCUGUCAUAACUUUCUGGUUUUCAUCCAACAGAUGUAGAGGACAGAGCUUGGUUUUAUAUCUCUGAGAUGCAGUCAUCUACUGAGAUUUUCCUUUUUUUUUAAUUCUUUUUGUAAAAUGACAAGUACUGUUAUCAAUUAAAUUGUAUGUAUUGACUUUUAUCUAGUAAAACCCAAUUCAAUUCUUUGAACAGUAC